AUGUCGAAUGGGGGGCAGUUCGGUACCGCUCUCGAAGCGAAAAGACUUUGUGAGAAUUUGCUUUCCGACCUGAGGACGCUAUCAACAGAAGCAAGAAAGAAGUAUUCUCAGGUUAAAGAGGCAGCAGAAUUCGGUCUAGUGAAAAUAAAGAACAUCAGUGCUGCAUCCAAUGAGCACACUUUGCUGACUAAUAUUCGUGAAGCUAGUGCAGAAAUAUUACAACCGCUUAUUUUGGGUUGUUCGAGUAAGAAUGCUCGUCUUGUUCAGGUUUCUUUGCAAGCCAUCCAGAAAAUGGUGCAACAUCGAGUUAUCGAAUCUGCUUCGGCUCAUAUUAUAGUCAGUGAACUGUGGCACUUAAUGGAAGCUGAGUGUGAGGAACUACGAAUUUUGCAAACUUUAGCUCCUCUUGUUGGCACUGAAUUGUUGGUAACUGGACAAUGGCUUUCAAAGUGCUUAGUUAUGUGUUUCCGUUUAAAUUUUGCAAAAGAUCCUAUUGUGAUAAAUACGGCAUCAGCCACUGUUCGACAGUUGGUGAGCUGUGUUUAUGAACGAGUUGUCCAGGAAGAUAGCUGGAAAAAUUCUGAAGUGACGGUGAGUCAUCAAGCUCUUCGAGUAAAUGCAAAAGCUCCACCACCAACAUUAAGACCUUGCGCUUCAGACAGUUACAUGUUGUUUUACGACUUAUGUUUGUUAAUUAAUGCCGAAGCUCCUUGUUGGUUGAUUGGAAUUCAUGAAAUGACACGUACAUUAGGUUUAGAAUUGCUGGAAUCAAUACUUUCUUCUUAUCCUUCUGUAUUUACUAAGCAUCCUGAGUUCGCGCAGUUAUUAAAAGAUGAAGUAUGUCCUUUAAUUAUCAAACUGUUCGCACCAAAUCACAAACAAAUGCAAAUCACAUCCCAGCAUCCGUAUUCUUCAAAUUCUCGUUUGUCAUCAGAAUGUGUUUCAUCACAGAUACCCAGUUCACCAGAACGCGUAUAUUUUCCAAUUUUGAUGCGGCUUUUGCGUGUUAUUGUAGUUUUGAUCACAUUGUAUUAUAACUUAUUGGUAACAGAGUGUGAAAUAUUUCUUUCUUUGCUCGUCAAGUUUCUAGAAUCCGACAAACUUGGAUGGCAACGCGCUAUUGCUCUGGAAGUGUUACACAAAAUUGUUGUUUUGCCUGAACUUUUGAUAUGGUUCUGCAAAAAUUAUGAUGUGAAGCCAAGUGCUACGAAAAUUAUCAGCCUAAUUGUAUCUAGUUUAGCGGGAUACGUACACUCAUUGUUCCUAUAUCCUAAUGUAUCGGAAAUUUUAAAUAAGGAUGAAGAUCAACUGUGUGAAACUAUUGUUCAUUCAAGUACGCAAUCAGGCUUCCAUUAUAAUGGUGUGUGGGUCCCUCUGUGCGAGAAUAUUACUUCUAGGAAGUCUCUAUUGCUGGAUUCGCUAGAAAAACACGAAGCAUCAAAUAUAUCAGAUGAAUAUGCAUUAUCUUUGACAUAUAAUUGUGUAAUUAGCUGCUGUAAUUCAGUUUUCGAAGCUGCCGAAUCAUUGCGUUCUCGAGAAGAAAGGCCAGUUUGGAUAUUAAGUUCAGUUCUUACAGAUGUGGCACGAGAAUUGUAUGACUCAACAUAUGCUAACCUUUUAACUGCAGUUUCAAUUUUUCUUGGUGCAAGUGUUGACGAGAACGUUACGGAUCAACUUCUGAAAUGCUUCACUUCAAUGACACUUUUAUCAUGCCGUUUGGGUAAUACAUCUGGACGUGAUGCCACUUUUUUUGCAUUAUGUAGAGCUGCAUUACCUCCCAAAUAUUUAGUGCGGCUUUUAAGUGGUAUUCAUGGUUUGUGUUCGAUAUCCACUUCAUUGGUAUCACUCACUUCUCAUUCUUACAUAGAAGACAAAUUUGCUGAACUUAAAAUGGAAAAAUUUGAGAAUGAUCUAGCAUCCACUCAACCAAGUCAAAUUGUAGCUGUUGGUACCAUAUGUCCAACUCCCUCCCUGCCAUUAAGCAUGUACAGUGCAACUAUUAUGCUAACUGCCAAGAAUAUUCAAGUAGCGCGUGUUUUGGUAAGCUGUGCUACAACUAAUGGUCACGAAUUGGGGAAUUGUUGGCAUCUUGUUCUAGGGUCGAUACAGCAUUUAGUUUGGAUUUUAGGAAUGGCGCCAAGUCUUUCUGAGUGUGAGGUUUGUGAUGGAACUUCUCUUACGAUUGCUUCACAUUCUAAUACUAAUGUUCUGACAACAGCUGCAAUGGCUGAUAUCCCAAUUCUGACGGUGAUGUUGAACGAGUUGUUUGACUCAACGGCGAAACUUGACGAAGUUGCAUUGCACCACGUAAUUGCUGCUCUUUGCAAACUUUCUUCUGAAGCAAUGACUGUAAGCAGAAUGGCAAAUCUUUCGCGUUUAGAAGUGUUUUGGAAGCCGGUAACGGCUCAUUUAAUUGAGGUAUCAGGUCAUCCUUACGCGAAAAUACGAGAAUGGGGAGCUCAUGCCUUGACAGUUUUAGUGAAAAGUGCCUUCAAAACCAAAACUGGAGUCAUAGAAUCGGUUGUUCACUUAUUAUUUCACGUUUUUAGGAAUUCGAUCGAUACUUUUGUUGUGUUGUCAGCGAAACGUCAGGAGCUUAUACUGUCACCAUUAUCUUCUAUGUCUGAAAUCGAAUACGUCGAUGUCCGUCGAAAACAAAUUGAGUGCCUUCUUAUUGUAUUGCAAUCAGCUGGACAGCAAUUUACUGCAGAUCAGUGGCCGACUGUUAUUGACACUGUCCGUGUUGUUGUAGAAGGGAAAUUAUGGUUCGCCUUUAAUGUUUUUAUAAUAUAUAGUUGUGAUGAAGUUUUGGUGAAACAAAGUUAUGAGGCAAUUUCGCUGAUAAUUACUGAUUUUCUUGAUACAUUACCUCUCAACUGCAUCCAGCUUCUUGUUGAAACCGAUGCAAAAUAUGGUUCGCAGCAAUGUGAACUAAACAUAUCGCUUUCAGCUCUCGGACAGUUGUGGACGAUCUCCGACUUUGUUUAUCGGAAUAGCUUAAAGCUUCAUCAGAAAGACUGUGAAACUAUUUGGUUGGUGCUUUAUAAUUGUCUGUCUGAAUUGUGCGUUGACAUCAGACCACCUGUUCGUAAAAGUGCUUGUCAGACGUUGCUACAGACGAUUGCAGCACAUGGCUUGGCUCUUAAAUUAGUCACCUGGAAGCACAUGAUUUGGAAGGUUAUUUUUCCCAUGUUGGAUAAAGUACGAGCUUUAACACGUAGUGCCUCAACGACUCGAACCGAUAGUUCAGCUUUGGGUGCGUCAAACAUUCUCAUUCAUCAUUCAAGAGAUACUGAAUCAAAGCAGUGGGCGGAAACAUCGGUUCAAACUCUUAGCGGUGUUGUCAAAAUUUUCAAUGCUCAGCGAGCACUUUUGCUCGCACUUGAUGAUUUUCCAGCAAUUUGGACUACUUUUCUUCAUUACAUCGAGUAUCUUGCUGCAUCUGGUAAUUGUGAAAUGACAUUAGCUGCACUAAAAAGUUUUCAGGAAUUACUUGUUGGCAAGGGAACAUAUCAAAAUUAUGAAGUGAAUGUGAAUGAAAAAUUUCCCAACAUUACAAGUGGUGGACAUAUUGAUGAUGAAUUACCAGAUUUAAGUGAAGAAUUAUGGCUCGUUUGCUGGAGAAGCUGGUUAAGCAUGGCGCGAACUCUGGUCUUAGUCAAACGAUUGGAUCUCGAUGAUGAAUAUGAUUCUUCAUUGGCAUCUGCAAGAAGUUGUAGUGAACGAAAGUUCAUUCCUGGACCAGCACAUCUCAUCACAUUGCUACAUAUAUUUGUUCCUUUAUUUAAACGAGUGCACAAAGGCGUUUCGUGUGAUGAUUUCAAACAUGAUGGCAUACCCAGUAUUUUGGAGGGCAUUGUAAAUGUUCCGCUAACAACAGAUCCAGUUCGCUUUGUAGCGGCAAAUGCAAAUGAUAUAACACCAACUUUAGAAGCCGUUCUAAAUUGUAUUCGAAUCAUAUAUCAGGAUAUGUUAGAAUCGAGUUCAGUGUUACGUUCAGCUUUGCCAGAUCUCAUUCGUUUGGUGCUUAGUUUCACUACAUUUGCUGUGUCUUCGGUGAUAGAUGAAUAUACUCCAAAUAAAGCAGAAAAUAAAGUGAUAAUGAAUAUGGUGCCUUUUGCGGAGUUAUCAUUACGUAUAGUGGUGGAGUUUUAUGCCAAUACUGCUCAUUUCCAGGAAAUUGUCUAUUCUGCUGUAAUUGUUGAUAUUGUGAAGUGUUUGGCUCAACCAAUGGAACUUAAAUACCAAUGUCCUUUUCAAAGUACAUGGAAAGCAGCGGCCUCAGCUUUCGUUACUGUAUUACGUGUGGGUCUUCCUAUUGCCAGACAACAGUAUCAGCGUUUUCAUGCUUUAUGGCCAGUAAUUGCUACUACAAUUGAUCGUUUUCUGUUUAAUAAUAGUCGUCCUUCAUGUCCCUUAAAUGCUGACGAACGGAAGAAGCAUGAAUUUAUUGACUGUCAAUUCAUAGAGCUUAUACGAACUGAGAUAUUGCCUUAUACAAAUAUGUUGCCCUCGGAUUUUAUGCAGAAAAUAAUCGAUACACUGAAUCGAGGCUCUAUAAGUACUGCGGACUCUUCUGAUGUCCUUGCUUUAGACACAUAUGCACAGCGGACGGAAUUAUCCAAAGUAUGCUUUGAAGCAUUGUUAUCAAUGAGCCAGAACGAGGAACGCCUAAAUGUUAUACGCGGUGUAGCAACAGUGAAAUUUUUUGGUUGUUUCAUUCAUAUAAGAUUAUUAGAUUUUGAUCAAAAACAUAGUGUUGAUAUGGAUGGAAAUAAGGCAAAUCAACAGUGUAUUUCGUCAUCAAAUCUGGGUACUUCUGCUAUCUCUUCUCUUCUUGCCAGAUGCAAAGAGGUAAUGUUAUUGUUUGUACGUGAUGAACUCAACGCUGGACAUUUGCGCUUAUCUCAGGAAAGGAUCGUUGAAAUGAUAUCAGUUUUACAUGCUAUUAGUACACUUAUCGAAGGGCUUGUACGUCGUAUUGAUAACGUAAAUGUAGAUUUUUACCAGGAGCUUGUAAAUUUGUAUCCAACUAUUAUAGACUGUAUAACAAGCACGAGAUCAGAUACUCAGGUUGAACAAGCAUUAAUUGCUGCCCUCAAAUCUUACCACAGACUGCUGUUGCUAAAUUUACAUAUUUCCGCUAAAGAAUAA